AAAACAACAAUACGCCAACUUGUGGUUGUUUUUUUAAAUGGGGCCAAGAUAAGUUGUAAAGAUACAAUUGUGGUUUUUAUAUAGUAAAAUAGUUAAUUAUGUCUGAAGUAGCCAGGUUUAGCUUUCCCCAACAUUUUAAAUAAAAUACGCACAAUUUCUCCCAAGGUUUUGGGCACAAAGUUGUUAGGAGAGCCCCUUUGCAGUCCGUGCUUGUUGGCUUGCUUCUCUUGGGCCCAUCCUCAGAGAAAGAAGGAAUAGCUUGGGAAUAUGUAAUUCUCUUUCUGGGUGUUAUUCUGUGGUGUGAACCACCAUGCGACACUGGGAGAUGGAAAGAAUUCCAGGGUGCUCAUUUAGGAGAUACAUAAGAUCCAGGGCAGGAUUUGGGCAAAGGUGUCCCAUUUAUCAGGAUUGUGUUUUAACAACUGUUGCGUUUUUCUCUUUGCGGUCUUUGACAAUUUAAAGAAAUAAUUGUCUGGAGCUAUGGAUUCCCUCUCUUGCAUUAGAUGGAUAGUGCUGGGCUGUCUGCUGGGAAAACCAGGACUUCUGAGCAUAGGGGAGUGCAGAAGACUGCAGGGCAGGGAUGGGACAGGAUGGGAGUUUGGGGCUUCCAUGGUCUGUCUCUUGACUCUUAAGAAGCUUGGUUUAUUCACACUUACUGAAAGCUGUGUACUUUUGGCAUCUGAUAUUCUACAUCAGUGAGGCUUUUCAGACCCUUGAUGUGGCUUUCUCUCUGACUUCUGAAUAGGGAGGGUAUUUCUUUUUCUUCUGUAAAACUAUUUAACCUUCUGUUCUUACAUCUCCAGUACUGCUGGCAGGUGGGUCAAGUUAAAGAGCUUUGAGGGAGGGAGGGAGAGACAGAGAGACAGAGAGAGGGAGGGACUGAUUACCUGUUUUGAGAUGGUGGCACUGGGCAUUGGAUCCACCACCACUGUUUUACCAUUUUUCCCAGGUAGGAGAAAGUGGAAGGAGCAAGGUAACAAGUAGCAUUUUCAAGGCAAAUUGGUGGCUGUGGAAGGUACUGCCAACUUUCAAAUGAGGUUUUGGAAGUUGGAAGGGGGCCCUGGGAAGUAGGUGGUUGCACCUGGCAGAAUCUGGCAUGCAAAGGCAGCGAUACAGCAGGGGCUCUAAGAAAUGGGAAGAGGGGCAGAUUCUGCUCCAGUGGAAAAAGGGCUGGGAAAACAAUAUCUUGCCUCCAAACCUUUGCAGAGGAUAAGUUACUUGUUAAAUGACAUUUUUGCAAGAUAAGCCUUGUGGCAACUGAUUAACUUCAGUACAGCCAGAGGAAGGUUUGGCUCUGCAAUCUCUUUGAACUCUUUCUAGUGGAGCGGCCUCACUUUAGUUGUGCUUUUCGUGGGUCAAUCCUCCGAAUCGGUUGCUGCGGUUACUCUUUUGCCCUGGACGAGGAAUUGCUGCACCCUCAUCUUUGGAGUACAGUAUUAGGCCAGCCUGAAUUUUUCAGUCUGAACCAAACUUCAAACCUGCUUCAACAUUUUUGCCUCUUCAUUAGAGACGCUGCAAGUGCCAAAGGAGCUGGAGUGACUUUCUUCCUUGGACCCUUGGAACACAGCCUGAAAUAGAAUCGGGGCUUGAGAGGCAUCCAUCUACUUACAGCCAGCAGAUUCCUCAGGAUUUCCUUUUGGUUGCAGGAAUGGAACUCGAGGCGGGUGUCAAAGGCUGCAUACCUGAGCAGUUUCAGGAUGGAAACCUAUCCCAAGUACAGGCUUCUCCAAAAAAGCUGCCUGCCUUCCUCUUAAAGCGACGCAGGAAGAUAAGCCAAGCUUGUGUUAAAGAGAGGGGGCAACUGAAACUCUCCAUCCACCUGCAAGGCAGAAGGCUGAAACUUUAUGUCGUGGAAGCCAAACGUCUCAUGGGAAAACAGGACCGAAUGUGUGGCUCCUUUGUCAAGGUGUCCAUUGUGCCAGACACAUCAUGGAAAUGCAGGCAGAAGUCCAGGACCAUUCUGGGCAGUACAAACCCUGUUUUCCACGAGCAAUUUAUUUUCUGUUUGCAGGAGGAAGAUGAGCAAAAGCGCCUCCUCAUCACAGUCUGGAACCGACCACAGGAUUCGAGGCAGAGCACACUCCUUGGCUGCAUGAGCUUUGGUGUGAAGACCCUGCUGGGCCACGACAAGAAAAUUUGUGGUUGGUAUUAUUUACUGGGAGAAGAUCUGGGCAGAAGAAAGCACCUGAAAGUGGGCACACGUCCCCUCAAGCGAGGCCAAGAGAUGACGUUAGCCAAGCCGGCUGCCUUGUUGGGGGAGCAGCAGCUGCAGGAGGACAUGGAGCAGAUCAAGAUCACAAUCCCGCGUGGGAAGAAUGGGUUCGGUUUCACCAUCUGCUGCGACGCCCCUGUUCGGGUCCAAGCCGUUGAUUCUGGCGGCCCAGCAGAGAAGGCUGGCUUGCAGCAACUGGACACGGUGCUUCGGCUCAAUCAGCAGCCUGUGGAAGACUGGAAAUGCGUAGAAUUGGCCCAUGAGAUUCGGAACUGUCCCCAGGAGAUCCUCCUCAUCGUUUGGCGCAUUGUGCCGCAGGUCAAACCCAGCCUGCAAGGGGUCCCCCGCCACCCCUCUGGCAAAUCCACCUACGAUUUGCAGUCUCCGCCCACCCGGCGGGAGAAGAGCAGCACCGGGCGAUCGCGGGCCCCCGAGCAUCGACAGAGCUGCCACGUGCUGUACGAUGGGAACCACGAGUUUGCGCUCAACAGCUGGGAACGAUACACUGAGCUUGGCAAGGCUCCCCAGCAGCACACCAUGCCUCCGCCUUCCCGACCUCCUUCCUCCAGUGGUACAGACAAGAACUACAUCCUCCUUACCCCGCUUAAUCCGGGAGGCCAGCUUCUGAGGCGAGUCUGCCAGGAGAAUGAAGCUCCCGGAGGCAAUGUGUGCAAAGGAGAAUCUCGUGGCAAGAAAUCCCGGCUGAUGAAGACGGUGCAGACCAUCAAGAGCCAUGGAAGCAGCACCCAGAGCUGCCCUCUGCUGGGAUCCCACAUCCCACCCUCCAGUUACGGCACCUACGUAACCCUCUUGCCCAAAGUGCUGGUUUUCCCCAUCUUCGUGCAGCCUCUGGAUCUUUGCAGCCCAGCCCGGACGCUGCUUUUAUCAGAAGAGCUGCUGCUUCACGAGACUCGAAACAAACCAACUGAGGUGACCCUCUUCGUUUAUUCAGACUUACUGCUCUUCACCCAGGAAGAGGAGCCCGGACGAUGUAAUGUCUUUCGCAACCCGCUUUACCUGAAGGAUGUGCGGCUGCAAGAGGAUUCCCCUGAAGAUCUGAAAUUCUGCAUUCUUUACCUGGCAGAGGAGCUGGAGUGUGUGCUCAGCCUGCAGGCUCACUUCCGCGAGCAGAAGACCAGGGUGUGCUGGUGUCUGAUUGAGAACAUUGUGAAGCAGCAGCCGAGAACAACUCCGACAGCCCCUCCGGCGGAAAGCAAGAUGCUUGAGCCAGAAACUGCGAAAUUAGGGGCAGUGCCAUCUGUGGGGCAGGACGACAGCAGCCGCCGCCUUGCCUAUCCUGUGAGAGGCAACUCCAUAGAGGGGCUGACGGGGGAAGCUGUGGCAGAAGUCCAGGGCAUCACGAUGGAAGAGGGAAGGCAGAGCCGCCACCUUGAGCGGCAGGAACAGGAAGCGCCCUGCAGCGGCUCCACUGCCUUCGUCAUCCCAAAGUUGCAGGUGGACGGUGCCUUCAAUCAAGACCUGACCUGCCUCACCAGCCUCAAGCUCAGCGGUUCAGAGGAAUUGGCUGAGGAGGAGGAGGAGGAGGAGGAGGAAGAGGAGGAGGACAGUGGUGAGGCUUAUCUGGCCAGGGGGGACAGAAAACGCUGCAGCCUGUUUGAAACGUCUCAGCCGGCCUGCAGCCUGAGUGUGCAGAACUCCCUGCGGCGUCGCACUCACAGCGAAGGCAGCCUGCUCCAGGAGCCCCGAGCGGGCCACAGCUUCACCUCCGACACCAGCCUCAAUUACACCGAGAUGCAAGGGCCGACCUCCGGCUGGACCCUGCCGUCUCCACAGAGCCUCAAGAAACAGCUUCUGAAGAACGGGGGCUCCAUCCACCAACUCACCCUGCUCUUUGUUGGGAAUCGGAAGCAGCAGCAGGGGCUGGAUCCUGAAGGACUCUGUGACUCAAGAGGGGCCCACAAGAUGAACAAGACAAUGGCCAAAGACGUCAAGAACCGACUGGCGCUCUUUCGGAAGCGGCAUGAAGCCUUGGGGAGCCAGCCUGAGAGCAAGGCCGACAAAGGGAUGAAGCCUCAGCGGCCCCCUCCUGAAGAAGCUCUCAAGUGGGGGGAAUCGCUGGAAAAGCUGCUGCAGCAUAAAUAUGGAGUGGCUGCCUUCCGUUCUUUCCUGCGCACUGAGUUCAGUGAGGAGAACCUGGAGUUCUGGCUGGCAUGUGAGGAAUACAAGAACAUCAAGUCCCAGUCCAAGAUGAUCGCCAAAGCCAAGAAGAUCUUCACCGAAUACAUUGCGGUCCAGUCCUACAAAGAGGUCAAUUUGGACUCCUACACCCGGGAACACACCAAAGAGAACUUGCAAAACAUCAGCUGGGGCUGCUUUGACCUUGCCCAGAGGCGGAUUUAUGGCUUGAUGGAGAAGGACUCCUACCCCCGCUUCCUGCGCUCAGAGCUGUACUUGGACCUCAUUAACCCGAGGAAACCUUCACUGUAGAUAGAAGAUGCUAGGCCUCCCUCCAGGAAACUCCCGGGGAGCAGUAUGUUUACAAAUAAUUACCAUUUUGGCCAUGGGAUUGUCUGGAUAAAUAAAUCUGUCUUCCCACCCAAAGGGGCCUCGGGGUGACAGAACUAAGUAGCUUUACUAUUCCUUCUUCCCGACAACCUGCUUUUUCCUCUGGUACGAUGAAGUCAGAGCACCCGAAGCUGCAAAGGAGCAGGCCUUCCAAUGGACGACUGUGAAGUCCAGAGCCUUCCUUCCACCCUUCCGCUCUUCUGGAGGUGGCAGUGCGAUGCACGCAGACCUGUCUUGGGGGAUCCGUGGCUUUCAUGAAUGGGCCACAUCCUCAAAGAGCAAGAGGGAGUGGGAGGGUCUCUUGCAGACUUCUGCUUUUGAAUCUUGGCAUGUCUUCUUUGGACAGAAAGCUCCCUCUGAACUGCAACAGACAAGGAAUCCUCCUGCUUCUCUCCCACUUUCUGAAAGCCAUGAUAAUCCUUGCUAAGUUUAUUUAUUGAAGCCUUCUAGUGGGACACCACGUCUAUGAGAAUGUCUCCCUGUUGAGUUUCCUUUCAAAUUUAAGUGCAAUAUUUUUUUAUUACCCUAUUGCUAUUAUUUGUCUCCUGUUUUUCUCUCUGACCCUUGGAGUGAGUGGCAGAAUGAAUGUCAGUCAGUCACUCUUGUUCCUUAUUCUUUGGCCUCCGACGUCUGCCCCGGCAGAUGUGUAAAAAGCUUACUGCAUCUUGUUGCAACAGCGGUGUGUACCUUGUAGAGACUGGAAAGCAUCUGUACGUUUCUGUGCUGUGUCACCAAAGGAGGUGUGAGCCACAGCAGCAUUUCUGGAUUUGCAUUCAUAUCCACGUGACUCUUUGGGUCCAGAAAGAUGCGAUCUCCUCCAAUGGAUCUUUUGACCAAGUGCCUGGUUAACUACUCAGGCCUAUCUCUGCAGUUCAAGAUAUUUUUGUUUUUUACUCUGUCCUGUCUAUUUAGGAUAAAUAAAGAGACAAUACAAGUUAA